UUUAUACGAAACUAUUUAAUAAUCUUCUUCUGAUCCCUUAUAUUUUUAAUACCUCAUAGCUGUAUAUUCAUAAUUUACUACAUAGUAAUGAUAUCGAUCUCAAAAUAAAACAAAAUGCUAUUACGAAGGCGAAGUGCAGCACCGAAAUUUUUCAUAGCAGCGGUAAUUGGAUCUGUAUUGUAUAAUGAAUUGUUCGUAUAUCAUAUACAAACAAUUAGCUGGAAAUACUUAAGCUGUCCAAAAGAUAACCUGUCCUGUACGAAGAUAAUGUUUAUAGCUGACCCUCAGAUACAAGGCGAUACCGCGGUGUCGCCGCCGUUGAGUUACCUUUUUAACUGGGAUAGUGAUAGGUACUUGAGGUCCACCUUUGCUGUUGCACUGAAGUAUUUCCAGCCAGAUGUGUUAGUUUAUCUGGGAGACCUCAUGGAUGAAGGUUCAAUAGCAACUAUGGAACAAUUCCAUGGCUAUGUUAAGCGACUAUCAAACAUAUUCCAAGUUUCUUAUCCUGUUAUUCAAGUUUGGUUGCCUGGAGAUAAUGAUAUAGGUGGUGAACAUGAACCAAUCCAAAGUGAUAAGGUGAAGGAAUUCGAAGCAGUGUUUAACCAGCCAGACAUUAUCACCUACAAGAAUAUAUCAUUCUUUAAAGUGAAUGGAAUCACAUACACCUACCCGCAUGGCACUGAUGAUGAUAACUACAAAAUUGUUGUUUCACAUUACCCAGUUCUAUGGAAAACAGUUUUUGGCAAACAGGUAAAUGAUGCAAUUCAACCUAACAUUUACUUCUGCGCUCAUGAACAUAAAUCCCAGUACAUCAUAAAAGACAAAGAGUUGAGGAACAUUGCGGGCCGUGCGCUCCAACUGGAUGACGAUGUCCUGAGUGUGGGUAGAGAUGGUGACCUAUAUGAGAUAUAUGUACCUACAUGUUCCUACAGAAUGGGCACUAAUCGCAUCGGUUAUGGUGUUGCUACAGUGAGCAACAACCAGCUGCUACGGUACACGGUGUUGUGGUCUCCUCAAAGAUUCCUCGAUUUAUUUAUAUAUGCUGGCAUUUUAAUCAUAUUUGUUGUUUACAUUUUUGUCUUUACCCUGUCGAGAUUGGUUUUCCGAUGUAGCCCCGCCCAGAGAAGUGAUGCAACUGUGCCCUUAUUGCAAAUUAUUAAUUAACUUAAUUACCAGUGUACAAUGAACUAAUACUCAAUUAGUUUUUGUUUUAAAGCCAUUCAAAUUCAUCAUCCACUUGCCCUUAUCCCUUAUGGAGGGUCG